AUGAAAGAAGUUGAUAAGAAGCAAAUUAGUCCAGAGCAAAUAAGAACUAUAGCUUUGGAAACAAUUGAGCAACGUUUUCCGGCUGAGGAAUGGAUACAUGUAUAUACGGAUGGGUCUUUGACCGAUAGGAUUCAGGGGCCUGAAGCUGGAGCUUUUAGCAAGCUUUUCAGUUUCUACAUACCUGUGGGGGCUUACUCCACUCACUUUGAUGGAGAACUGAAAGCCAUUCAUGUAGCUGCCCAACAAUUAUCAUUGAGACAGAGCUCGUUCAGAAGGGCUGUUGUACUGUCUGAUUCAACUUUAGCAAUACAGGUCAUCUCCUCUUACCAAGAGUGUAAGAACAUAUGCGUUAAACAGUGUCAGGAAGUCAUAAAAGAAAUUUCCUAUAAGAUAUCUUUUCAAUGGGUACCUUCACACUGCGGUAUUAAUGGUAAUGAGAUGGCUGAUAAGCUUGCGAAAAAGGCGCUACGGUUUCCCAAAAGCCAAAAACGAGUACAAGCCUCCAUUCUAUUAAGCUUAUGA